AUGAUGAUUUUCAAGAGGUCUUUGUUUACGCCGAGUAAAAUAACCAGUGAGAUCUUGCAAUUGCCCACUCAUGAUUUGUUACAGCAGCUGGGGUAUGUGAAACAGGCAUCAUCAGGUGUGCUGCACUGGCUCCCAUUAGGGCUUAAAACGUUACGAAACAUUGAAAAUAUUAUACGAAAGCGUAUGGACCAGAGUGGAGCGCAUGAGGUAUCACUAUCGUCCCUUUCACAACGGGCCCUUUGGGAAACUACUGGAAGAUGGAGCAACACGGAAUUAUUUAAGUUGAAGGACGCUAAAAAGAAAGACUAUUGUCUAGUGCCUACAUGUGAGGAGGAGAUUACUUGGUUGAUGAAGAAUUACUUGACCAGUUAUAAAGAUUUACCCACCAUCACGUAUCAGAUUUCGAGAAAAUAUAGAGAUGAGCUAAGACCAAGAGGCGGAUUAUUACGUGGAAGGGAGUUUUUAAUGAAAGACGCAUAUAGUUUCCAUUUGAACUCUAAGGAUGCGGUGGAGACUUUCGAUAAGGUAAAUCUGACAUACAAUAAAAUUUUUUCUGACAUUGGUAUUCCCUUUGUUAGUGCUGUGGCAGACUCUGGAGAUAUUGGUGGUGACUUAUCAAAGGAGUACCAUUUCAUUCAUGAAUCUGGUGAAGACACUCUACUUCAAUGUCCCUCAUGCAAGUCCGUUUCCAAUGUUGAAAAAUGCGAAUCCUACCCUGAAGAAGCCAAUCAGCACUUAGGGGAUGUUUCUGUAAAGUACGCUUUAAACAUGGAAAAUGAUACGUUGGUGUGUAUGUACUACCCAGCAAAUCGAACAUUGAACUGGAACCUUGCAUUGGAGGCAAUGGACAGAGAUCUAGACCCUCAGACCAGAGAGAUGUCCAAUGAAGAUGUCCUUUCAAAAUUCAGCUCAAACAAUGAUCCAAUGUUCUCUGGAAUCAUCCGAAUCAUGGACGUGAGGUUGAACUCACGUUCAAACUUCCCUGAUUUCCCAUUAAAAUCUUACUUAAAAAUCAACUUUUCGCAAUUGAACGAUUAUUCAAUAGUGGAUGCUGAAGAAGGCGAAAUAUGUGCACAGUGUGAAGAAGGACACUUGAAGAGCGCUAAUAGUAUUGAAGUGGGUCAUACCUUUUACCUCGGUAAGAAAUACAGCGAGAAACUAAACGCAACAGUACGCCAACAGGACAAUUCAGACGUGGUGGUAGAAAUGGGUUGCUAUGGGAUCGGAGUUAGCAGACUUGUUGGUGCCAUUGCCCAAGUAACCAGGGAUUCUCAAGGUUUGAGAUGGCCCGCCUCGAUUUCCCCAUACAAAGUUUCCUUAUGCUGCAACGAGAAGAAAUCUCCAGAAGAGAUGAAGCAAGUUCUUGAUACCUUAAAGUUAGAACCAUACACCCAGUUCGACCCUAAAACCAGUCUAGGCGGAAGGAUCCAGCAAUCUCACGCGUUAGGCAUACCAAUGGCGAUCAUUGUGGGGCAUAAAAGCUGGCCAAAAAUCGAAAUUGAGGUAAGAGCUCAGUAUAAAAACGACAGUUGGGAAGAAUCGUACGGUGAUUUACAAUCCAAACUCGAUUGGCAGUACGAUCCAGCGACGAACAAACACUUCGUCGAUUACCACAACAUCAACGACGUAGUGAAUAUUCUAUUAAAGUCUCUAUAG